GCAGGACAACUGGGCUUUAAGAGGCUUCCUCACAAAUAUCUUCAUCUGUACUUAGUGCCUCAAACUCUAGAGCAGGAGCUGUUCCACCCUGGUGGCAGAUAUGAACUGGUCCAAUCUGUGGUCCCUGAUCAGUGGAGUGAACCAGUACUCGACUGUCCUGGGCCGGGUCUGGUUCUCGCUCGUGUUCGUGUUCCGCCUAUUGGUUCUGGUGGUGGCGGCGCAGCCGGUGUGGAGCGACGAGUCCGGCCAGUUCACGUGCAACACGGGGCAACCCGGCUGCCAGAACGUCUGCUACGACAAACUGUUCCCCGUCUCUCCAGUUCGACUCUGGGCCCUGCAGCUGGUCGCUGUCAUCUGCCCUUCGCUCCUGGUGGUGGCUCACGUGAAGUAUCGCGAGGAGAAGAACGCUAAGCUUGCCAAGGCCAAGAAAGGUGCCCGCAUGUACUACAGGCAACCCGGCAAAAAGCGCAGAGGGUUGUGGUGCACGUAUCUGCUCAGCCUGAUCAUGAAGUCCGCUUUUGACCUCACCUUCCUUUAUGCUCUCUAUUACAUCUAUAAUUUCAACAUACCAGUCAUCUACAAGUGCUCCCUGGAUCCCUGCCCCAACACGGUGGACUGCUUUAUCUCCCGGCCCACCGAGAAGAAGAUCUUCAUGAUAUUCAUGGCGGCAUCGUCGGCCGCCUGCAUCCUGCUCUGCCUCUGCGAGAUCAGCUAUCUGCUGUGCCGUUGUAUCACCAAGUGGCGGGAUAUUCUAGGGAUGCCCAGGGAGUGGAACGACCCCACUGCCACAGCCAAAGCCCUCCAACAGAAUGGCACAGCAAAGGAAGUGACUGAUGGCACAGCAAAGGAGGUGACCCAGAGCAGGGAGAUACAGCAAUGACGCUGAUGUGUCUGUCUUUCAAUUUCAACCGCCAGGAGACACUUUUCAGUUAAAACAUUGAGAUUCUUACUUUGGCUUUUCAAAAUCUUUCGAUGUUUGUUUCACCUUUUGGCUGGAGCUCAUGAUAACAACUUACCGCUUGAUGGAAAGUACACACUGACCCCUGGUGUGCAAAUCAGGACAACACAAACUCUUUGGUGAAAAGCCGACACGCUCCUCAGGAUACUGUUUCUGAGAAGUUUCCCGAUAGACUCACCGUCCAGGGUCAUCUGAGGUCUCGUGGUCCUUAGAGACGCAGAUGGCAAAAUUACAUUUACCGGUCAGUUUUAUCCAGGGUGAGUUAUAAUGUUAGAGUUUUUCACUAAGCUGCUAAGUUUACAUUUAUUUAUCCAUUUAUGGAGCAGGGUAAUGUUCACUAUAAAUUCACGGCAAGUGCCUUGAUCAAGCGUACUACAGCUGGGGAAUUCAAACCAGGGACCUUCCAACUGAAGAAAUUAAUUCCAACCACUGGACAGGACAACUACAGCGACUUUAGGUCCAAAGGCAGCAGCUCUAACCACUACGCUACCAGCUGCCCCCAUCCAGUCGAUUCGUCAGUCAAUCUUUAACUUUUAACCGAUUAACCGAAGGUCCAGUUGAUCAGAAUCUACUGCCUUACCAUACUUUGAGGUGUCAAUUUAUAAAGGCGCCAGAAAACAAAACGACGGUAAUAGAAAGAAAAAUGUGUGUCAUUUGACCAGAAGGAGGUCAGAAGACAUAGUUUUGACAUGACUGAUGUUCACCAUAAAUGUGCACAGUGCCUGACCUCUGAAGUUGUUUUAAAGUUUUUGCAUACUUGCAUAAUUGCACGGCUUCUGUUUUUCAUGGUUUGUUUUGAGCAGAAUGCAGAUUACAUAAAGAGUAAUUUUGGACGUGCUAUCGAACCUCACUGCGAUCCAAUGUAAGCGGUGCGUCCUCCACCACCGCAGCGGUCGCCGCGGUCGCCACGGUCACCACACCUCGCACCUGACAGGAGCCCGCACUGCUGCGAGCACCAUGAAGGACGCGGUCAGAAAUAGUGUUUCUGGAACUUCAUCUGCAUUCUCCCGGGCGCUGCAGUGAGGCCUCCGGACUGCGGCGCGGCAGGAUCCGCGGCGCCUGAAUGAUGAUGGCUGAACUUGGGGGUUAAAGCCGACAAUCCCCCGGCGAAGCAGUCGGAGGCUGUUAGGUGACAGCCCUGCAGAACGCAUAUCAGAUGUGUGUUUACGGAGGCUGCCGGACAGGGUCUUCAGUUAACUGUCGCUGUGGAUGUGUCUUCCCCAUCCGAGAUGAUGGAUUGGAUGAAUCACGCUGGGGGGGGAGGUUGGCGGCUGGGGGACUUCUGUGGGGAUUUGGACCUGGUCAUGUUUGUAGGCAUGAGGCUGGUGAAGGGAGAGCAACAGUAAUGAAGUUUGAAAGUGUGUGUGUGUCUGUGUGUGUGUGUGUCUGUGCGUGUGUGUUGUUUACCACUUUUCCAGGAGUUACCAAUGCACUGGUGUUUAAAAGCCCUGUUCCUCCCCCCACACCCCCAGGGACAGGACCCAUCUGGGUUCGGGCCUAACAGACGUGUCGGCAACUCAGACUCCUGUUGGAGCCUGUCGAGCCGCUUGCCAGGGGAUGACAGGUACACGCAGCCUCUCCUGAACCGCUGCUGUGCCGCUGUUGGCCUGGUGGCCUUUUCCAUCGUUGCCUUUUCAACGAGUCACCGACUGUUGCUCGUCCUUAUCCCUGUUUUUAAACUCGUGCUCUUGUUUUAAGGCAGCUGGUGGCACUGCAGCCUUAGGUGACAUUAUGAAAAUUAAAUGGGUAAAAAAUGCAAAUGAAAUGUAAAUGUAAAUAUAUCCCCUUAAGAGAGCAGCCCUGCAUGCCAGGAGGAUAUACGCGUAAACCACAAAGUACCGACUCUCAACCUGGAUGCGGUACUGAAACUCAGCCUUUAAGCUCUUGAAUCUUUCGAACCCAAGGUGACUUCCUGCAGGGUGUGGACCUUUAGGCCACGCGGAAUUUUCCAGCUAAUGCGCAGACACACACACACACACACACACACACACACACACACACACUGCAUCAGCUGUCAACUUAACCGUUCCGCCCUUGCGGCUGAUCCAAGAUGGAACCCUGGAAUCCCCUUCCUUGCACCAUCCUUCUUGCUGACCUUCUCCUUGAAAGGAAUGUCGCCCAGCUGCAGCUCCCGGGUUCGACGCUUUAUCAGUCAGAAAAUGCAAAAGUGAAAACAACAGCAACACGAGUCUGGAUUUCCCCGUCUUCCCCAUGACUGUCGGGUUCAACGACCACACUUGGGUAUGUCCCACGGUAAAAAAGUUUUGGACUGAACUGAAAACUUCAUAUUUAAAUAGAGGCAAAUAUUGAUAUAAACUUCAAAGAAACUGAUGAUGUAAUGAUGAACUUUGUUAUUAUUAAU